AACGAAGAUGAGAAAAUUGUGGAUCCUAGACAGAGAGAGGAUUGGGGGCAUCUUGUUAAUUAUAAAAUGAUGAAAGUUUAUUUCUUAGUCAACCAUUGUAUAAGAUUCGUACAAAAUUAAGGUAUGUAUUACUAACUACAAAAGUUUUUAAGGCAUGCAUUACUAAUUACAAAAGUUUAUAACGCGUACUUUCAGUUAAAUAAGGUAAAAAUAAGUACAAAAUCUCAAACAAAAAUUUUUAAGUUAGUUUUAAAUGAACAUCGACAAAUUUUUGAAUGAUCAAGCUAGUUCUGUCAAUGACUUUAUUUUAAGAUAUUUCUCCCCAGACGGUUAAAAAAAAAAAAUCAAGACAGAAUAGCUCUAACUAGACAAAUAUCUAGCUCGUAUAACAACACGUAUAAAUGCACCAUACGAUAAAAUUUAAGCAUAAAACUAAUUCUAUAUGUGUAUUUUCGAGAUGUUUAUAUAUAAGCACUUUUUCAUAAUUAUGCUAAUAUAUACAAAAAUAUAACAAUUAUUUUAGUCUCAAGUAGGGGCACGUGUCCCACAUAUGCCCCCACCUAAAUCCGUCCUUACCUAUGAGGAAUUAUGGUUUAAUAACAGUUGAGCAUAAAUCCAAAAUAUCAACUUUGAAUUCAACUUUUUGAAUUUGUACUAUGAGUUUUCAUGAUAUUUUGAAAAAAUAAGCCAAAGUUAUCAAAGUUUACGAGCGAUAUGAAAAUUUAAGUAAAUGCAUGUUAUGAGUUUUUGUGAAAAUAAUACAGUAUGUUUUAUUAUACAAAAAUUAUGAAUUCGGGAGAUUUUAAAAAGUGCGUGUCAUAGAAACCCAAAUAGUGGGUGUAUCCUAGCAUUUUCCAUGUCUAUUUAGAUGAAGGAAUGAGAGAAUAGGCUAGGUGCCCAUUUAUUUUAAUGGAGGGUAAAAAGAUGGAGGCCCCUGCUAUCAAUGAGCUUCGACAGAGGAAGCAAAAGGACGAGAAGGAAAAUUCUUUUGAGAAAGAGAAAGAAAUCUCUUUUAAUGAUAGAGAAUAUCAGAAAGAAACCCUUUCUGAUUCUGAGAGAGAGAAAGAAAUCCCUUGUGGUGUAAGAGCCAAAGAAACUCCUCCCGAUGUUGAGAGAGAUAAAGAAAUCGAUUCGAAUGAGAGAGAAAAGGAAAUCUCUCCCAAUGAUAAGAGGGGGAAAGAUAAACCUCCUGAUGAUGAUAUCUGCCCUAUCUGUUUUGAAGACUUCAAAAUUCCAUGCCAGACAAAUUGUGGACACUGGUUUUGCGCGAAUUGUGUUAUCACGUUUUGGUCCCAUGGUAGCAAACUUCUGCGUUGCAAGUGCCCCAUUUGCUCUCAAAGCAUCAGCAAUUUGACUCCCGAGGCAUCUCUGACCCUUAGUUUAGAUGAUGAAGUUGUUGAGGCCUUGGAGAAAGUUCAGGGGUACAAUCGUCAUUUUGAAGGCGGUGUUCGUUGCUUCAUUUUGUUUCUACAUCAACUGCUGUUUUACUUGCGAGUCAUUUGGGCUGAAACGAAUGCCCUUUUGCAUAACAACCCACCUAUGGAUGCUAUUCAGCUUUCUAAGUUGAUCUAUCAUCGCAUAUUGUGGUUGUGGAAGAUGUUUUAUAUAGGAUUGUACGAUCCUGAUAAGCUUAUAUUCAACUAUACCAUUGCAAGGACCAUAGCGUUGGUUAUGACAGAAAUUUAUGUCUCCUGGGAUUUGGACUUCAUUCAUGGAGGGAUCUUGCGGGUAAAUUGCAUCUUCGAACGCUGCACUCUUGGUCCUGUAGUCCUUCUAUGCGCUAUUGGUGUCUAUCGCAGAUUUGUCGAUAAUCGCCGCCGCCCUCCUCGCCGUCGAAGACGAAGACCCAAUCCUGUUCCAGGGCCAAUAACCCAUCCCAUCCAGGGGUCGAGUUCCCCUCCCGUUGAGGGGCAUGUACCUCCCGUUUUUGGACCUUAAUUGCAAGCUAGGGUCCUCUGUCACCAAAUAUGUUUCUCUUUUUGCCCCGAUGCAUUAAAUUGACUAUUCUAUUAUAUCUAGGAAAUUUUCAAAACACACGGAUCUGAAGGCAUUCCGGUGGUGAUGCUAAUUCAUUUAGAUAGAGGGCAGAUAUAUUGGAGAAGAUCGAGUUGCUUUACCUGGUGACAUAAUGUAAUCUAUGCUUAUUAUCUUAGCUUUUGAACCAAAAUAAACUGCACGGGACUCGUAGGAGUUGGAUAUAUAUUUAUGAACACAACUUUCUUUCGUACUGAA